AUUACAUUCCUUGAACAACAUUCAAACAGAUCCAUUUUCUUAGAAUUCUUAAACUCCAUUACAAAAUUUCUCUUUUAAUUUCUCCUUAAACCCCAGAAAAUUAAAUUAUAAUUUUCUUUUCAUCAGUUUCUUGCCACUCAAACAAUCCUUAAGAAAUUCCCUCUCUCGUGCAUUUUCAUAUUCCUUGUUUGAUUCUUGCAAAUAUGGUGCACACCAAUUAAAGGUGCAAAUAUGGUUGGAAAAAAUUCCAAGAAAAUCUGGUAUUUUAUUUUAUCAUCCUCUUUUUUAUGGUUUUUAUUGGUUUAUUUCUAUUAUUCUGGUACAAAAAUUGAUAAAACCCAAUUAAGAAAUAAUUUUGUUGGUACACAUGAAUCUAAAUCUGUUCAAGUUCAUGAAAAUAGAAUUAAAGAAAAAAAAUCUGAUAAUCCAAUUGAAAAUUUCUUCAUAGGAGGUGAUUGGGAUAGAUACAUUAAUGAAAUAAUAUCAGAAGAGUCACAUAAUAAUAAUUCCAUUAAUGGAAGUUUUGGUUUAGAUAGUAAAAAUAAUUAUGAGGUGGAAAAAAAAGUUGAUUCUGAAGUAGUUACAAAUGAAGAACAAGAAAUUUCAAAUUCCGAUUCUGAUUCUGAUUCGUGUUCGGGUCGAUAUAUUUACGUUCACGAUCUUCCGAGCGAAUACAAUCAAGAUUUGCUAAAGAAUUGUCUAUCGCUUAGCGAAUGGUCUAACAUGUGUUCUUCAUUAUCGAAUUUCGGUUUAGGUCCGAAAUUACGGAAUUCGGAUAGGAUAUUUUCGAAUUCGGGUUGGUUCGAGACGAAUCAGUUUACUUUAGAAGUAAUUUUUCACAAUAGAAUGAAACAAUAUAAUUGCUUAACUAAUGAUUCAUCAUUAGCUUCGGCAAUUUUUGUACCUUAUUAUGCAGGGCUUGAUGUUUCUAGAUAUUUAUGGAAUUCUCAUACUUCUUUAAAAGAUUAUUAUUCACUUAAUCUUGUGAAAUGGUUAAGAGAAAAACCUGAAUGGAAAAGAAUGGACGGUCGAGAUCAUUUCUUGGUAGCCGGAAGAAUUACUUGGGAUUUUCGAAGAUUGUCCGAUUCGAAUUCGGAUUGGGGAAAUAAAUUAAUGCUCUUGCCUGAAUCAAGAAACAUGACGUUGCUAACAAUCGAGGCUAGUCCGUGGCAUCAGAACGAUUUCGCGAUUCCGUAUCCGACUUAUUUUCAUCCCUCGUCGGAUAAUCAAUUGAUUCAAUGGCAGAAUAGAGUCAGAAAAAUAAAAAGACGGUUUUUAUUUUCGUUUGUAGGCGCUCCGAGGCCUAAUAUGACCGAUUCAAUUCGCGGUGAGAUUAUUUCUCAAUGUCAAGCUACAAGGAGUAGAAAAUGCAAAUUGCUUCAAUGUGCCUCAGGUUCUAAUAAAUGUUACAAACCUGUCAAUGUUAUGAGAAUUUUUCAAAGCUCAACUUUUUGCUUGCAGCCUUCAGGAGAUUCGUAUACGAGACGAUCAGCUUUCGAUUCGAUCUUGUCGGGAUGUAUACCAGUUUUUUUCCAUCCAGGGUCAGCUUAUGUUCAAUAUUUAUGGCAUUUACCCAAGGACUAUACAAAAUACUCUGUUUUUAUACCAGCAAAUGAGGUCAAAAAUGGAAGUGCAAAUAUUGAAAGGAUUUUAUCAAGAAUUACAAAAUCAAAAAUUGCUUCUAUGAGAGAGCAAGUGAUUAAUUUGAUUCCGGGUAUUGUUUAUGCCGAUCCGAGAUCGAAUUUGGAGAAUCUUGAAGAUGCAUUUGAUAUUACAAUUGAGGGUGUUUUUGAAAGAGUUGAUAAGAUUAGGAGUGAAAUUAGAGAAGGUAAGAAUGUUAAUGGGUUUGUUGGGGAAGAAUUUUCAUGGAAGAAAAGAUUUUUUGGAACAAUUGGGGAACAUGAAUGGGAUCAUUUCUUUGUAAAACAUUAAAAUUUUAAUGGUUAUUUUAGUAGGAAGAAAGAUUAAAAGAAAUGUUUUUAGUUGUACAAAUCCUUCAUUGCAGAAAAAGAAAUAAUUCAAUUCU